UAUGACACUGGACCAAAGAUGUGUGUGUGUGAAAGUAGUCAGUCCCCUGAGGAAGGGUAUUAGUAGGACCAAGGCAUCGUCUCACACACGUUCAUUUACUCCCCUGGAUGCCACAAUGAACCCAGAGACUCAGUAUGAGGACUCAGUAUCCAUUAUGGUGCUGGAGAACAUUAAAAACAAGCUCCGCCAUGCCUUCAGAGCAACAGCCGAGCCGCGAGCGUCUUCUGAAAACGACGAUGAUCUGAUGAGCACUGGCAGGAGUUUCCAAGCUAAUGAAGAGCUACGCAGAGCCAAGAUAGAUGGAGCAAUUACCUGGUUACGGUCUGAACUGCUGGAGAUGCGCUCACAGGACCGGCAGCUGGCACAGACCCUGCUUGGGCUUAACACUGAGAUCCAGAGACUGAGGAGGGAAAGUGGUCCUCUUUUGUUAGACUCCGAUCACACAGAGCAGCACUGAGAUCAGCAUGACAACUGGAAGAAGAUGUCUGUUCCUUCUGAUGUCUUGUUAAGAGUUGUUAAUGUCACAAAAGUCUCUUUAAUAAGCUGUUCACUUUGUGUGUUAUAGUCUUAUAGUCUUGUUGCAUGUGAAGCUUGCUUUAUUUUAUCUUUAAACAAAGGAAUUUUGAAAUGCACAUUAUUAUUAUUUUUUAUUUUUGUUGCUAAUUUGGAAGAUUUGAUGCCUUUAAGAAUGUUGAACUGUGACCACACCCUAAA